AUGCGAAUGGAGCUCGAGGCGAGCUGGGACAGGAAGAUGUCUGCUCUCAAUACGAGUUGGGAACGCAAGAUGAAAGAAAAUACGGCCUCUCUCAUGGCCGAUCUAAAUACGGGCUGGGAACGCGAGAUGAAAGAAAAUACGGCUGAUCUCACGGCUGAUCUCAAUACGAAUUGGGAACCCAAGAUGUCAGCUCUCGAUACAAGUUGGAAAGAGAAGAUGGCCUCUCUCACGACUGAUCUCAAUACGAGUUGGGAACGCAAGAUAAAGAAGGAAGUGUCAGACCUCAAGCGUUCACAAGCUGACUAUAUCAAGAAGCACUCUAAAUUUCUGCAGGAUCUCGAGGAACAGCAAGCACUGUUGAACUCAAAACACGAGGAUUUACGAAAUGGGAUGGAGAAGUUGAAAAAGGCGUUUGACGAUCAAGUCGAGUGGCAGCGAAGUACGGAUGCACGGCUUGCUCUGCUUGGCUCUGUGGUCCUUCGGAACCGGGUUGAUUAA